UUUAGUUUCGACCCUGCAAUUCUUUUAUUUUCUCAUUCCAUUUAUUCAAUACUGUGACACCAAGUAAUUGGAAAUUGCUGUAAUGGAGAAAUACACAUGGGUUGUGCUUGUGAUGAGCUGGAGCACAGCAAUUGUAUAUUGCAAUUGUAACAGUAUUCAAUGCCUACCGGAGGAAAGGCUUAUUCUGCUCAGAUUCAAUACUGGGAUAGGCGGAUUAUCUGUUCCAUGGAAGGGAUUGAAUUGUUGUGAGUGGGAUGGCGUUGAAUGCAGCAAUCGCACAUCCCAUGUCACCCACCUACGCCUCUCAAAAUUGGUGGUGCAAAACUCAUCAGGAACUCACAUUCUCACUCCUCUGUUCCAGUUAAAGCAAUUGGAGUAUCUGGAUUUAAGCUCCAAUGGCUUCACUGGUGUAAUACCUGCAGGUAUAUCUGAACUUCCAGAACUGAGGCAUCUGGACUUGAGCGACAAUGAUUUUGAAGGUGAGGUUCCAUUGCAGCUGGGGAAUCUCUCCAACCUCAACUAUUUGAGCAUUGCAAUGGCCGAGAAGGCUGUGUUCAAAUGUUGGUCCAAUUUACAAUGGGUGCGGAAUCUUCGAAGGUUACAGUAUUUGUCAGUCAGGCAUGUGGAGGUAAGGAGUAGUAAUAAAGAGCUGGGUGAAUUUAUAUCUCCUCUUGAUAAUUUGCAGAUCCUUGAUAUGAGUGACUGCAACAUGUCAGGCCCCAUUCCCAAGGCUCUCCUAAACCUCACAUCCCUCACAGAUCUGGACCUUCACGUGAACACCUUCUCUUCCCCAAUUCCGCCAUGGCUGGGAAAUAUGACCGGUUUGGUGUCGCUUAGUUUUCAUAACUGUAACAUCAGUGGUCCGUUCCCCCUCUCUCUUUCCACUUUGCCCCAAUUGAAAAACCUCCGAUUGUCUGAUAAUGAAUUCCUAAGUGGAGAUAUAAGCGAAAUUUUAGGCAGCGGGUGGCCACACCUUGCUCUGUUUACUCUGUCAGGGUCAAAUAUAAGAGGAAGUAUACCUGCUUUCAUUGGGAAUUUAUCCUCCCUCACAAUUUUUAAAGUGGUAGAGACCAUGAUUAAUGGGCCUAUUCCCGCCUCACUUGGUAGUCUCCCUCUUCUUGAGGAACUCAUACUCCGGAAUAACUUUCUUACGGGAAGGAUUCCUCCACGAAUCUCUCAACUUUCUAAGUUGAAAAUUCUGGAUCUAUCCUUCAAUCAGCUAAGUGGCAACAUACCUUCUCAUCUGCAUGGGUUUUCUUCUCUGAGGAAACUUUAUCUCCAAUCCAACAAGUUGAACGGUACAAUUCCUACUUCUAUUGGAGAUCUCCCUCACGUACAACAGAUAGACCUGAGUUUUAACCGUCUGCAAGGUAGUUUUUCUCUUGAUGUUUUUGAAAAUACCCCCAGGCUUAUUCGCCUCUAUCUUUCACACAAUCAGCUAACUGUCCACCUUAGUUCAGGAUGGGAACCCCCAAUUUAUUUUCAGGUAUUACGCUUGGCCUCCUGUAAUAUCCGUGGUCCCAUUCCUACAUUUCUGUCCAAACAAAAGAGAUUAUUGGGUCUGGAUAUCUCCAACAACAGCUUUACUGGAGCAAUUCCAACUUGGUUUUGGGAUCUAAAUAUUACUAGCAAUCUUAACUUGUCUUACAAUAAUUUAGAAGGUCCACUUCCCCCUAAUUUGGAUAUUGGAUUGUACAUGACCCUAGACCUGCAACAUAAUAAGUUGAGUGGCUCUCUUCCCUCGCCGUCAAAAGCCUCACAGGCCCUGCAAACAUUGAACCUGUCUUAUAAUAAUUUCACUGGGACUAUCCCCAUCCAAAUUGGUAUCCUUCUUCCUAAGAUUCAGGUUCUGGGUCUGUCGAAUAACAAAUUAUCCGGCAAAAUACCAUCCUCUAUAACAACUUGCACGCUUUUGAGAAGACUGAAUCUGGCAAAAAAUGGUUUGGAAGGAGAUAUUCCCUCCACAAUGGGUGGGCUGUAUCAACUCCGGACACUGCACCUGAAUGACAAUAAGAUUAAGGGAGAACUGCCUUACAGUCUUUCCAACUGUUCAGAUUUGGAGAUCAUAGACAUUGGAAACAAUUUUUUGUCUGGAGAAAUACCACAUUGGUUAUCAGGGCUUUCUCAGUUGAUGAUACUUGUGUUGAGGAAUAACCUUUUUGCAGGAUACAUUCCACCAGAACUAGCCUAUCUCUCUAAUCUCCAUGUUUUAGACUUGUCAGAGAACAACUUGAAUGGGUCCAUCCCACCAGAGUUGGAGAAAUUAGCAACAGGGAUGGUUCAAAGCAAGAGCUCAAAAGAACAGCCCAUGGAAGAAAAGCCCUCCUACUACAGAGAGGAAAUCCUUGUGACUAACAAAGAAAAUGAUUUGGUAUAUGUGGAUUCUAUCCUGCUACUUGUAACAUGUAUUGACCUAUCUGGAAAUCAACUGUCAGGUAACAUUCCUUCAGAGAUCGGUGCACUUAGUGGUCUACGAAUCCUCAAUAUCUCCAGAAAUAAUCUAAGCGGAGAAAUUCCCCAUACAUUGGGAAUGCUAGAGCUAAUAGAAUCACUGGACCUUUCCUAUAAUAAUCUGCAAGGCAAGAUUCCAAUUGAAAUGCAGGGACUUCAUUACCUGGCUGUUUUCAGCGUGUCUAACAACAAACUUUGUGGCAAAAUACCAACUGAAGGUCAAUUCUCCACAUUUAAGGUUGCCUAUUUCUAUGGUAACCCUUGUCUUUGUGGUUUUCUACUUGAUAUCAGAUGCCCAGAAUCACCAGCAACAGGGGAUAAUGAAGAGGAGGGAGAGGAGAAUGAAACAGGGGAUCCUUGGUAUUGGUAUGUUGGCUGUUUGGUCUGUUUUGCUGUUGGCUUUUGGGGAGUGUUUGCACUGCUGAGAAUAAAGACAUGGCGAACAAGAUACAACAAUAUCAUGGAUGACGCUGCUGCCAGCUUUUGCGAUUCAUUGACUGUGCAAUGGAAAUCAUUCCUGGUAAAUAACUUCACGCGUCAAUAGUGAUCAUACUUCUCGAAUAAUGAGAUGUCAAUUAUCAAUAUAUUUACAAAUGUAGUGUUGACAUUGUAUGUAACAUUUUUUAGUUUUGGGUCUUGAAUUUGUAUAUAACAUUUUUUUUAAGUUUU